AAUUUUAGUUUUUUUUUUUCUCUCGAUCAUGGCGGAGGAGUUUGAUAGCUUCGAUUUACUCUUUGAUGAUGAUCUCUUCUUCGAUUUCGAUCCUUCAAUCGUCAUAGAUUCUCCACCGGCGGAGGAGGAUUUUGUUAGGUCUUCACCAGAUUCGUGGAUCGGAGAGAUUGAGAGUAAAUUGAUGAGUGAUGAGAAUCAAGAGGAGGAGAGUCUUGCGGAGUUGGAUCAGGGAUCGAUUUCGGAGUUCAUAGCUGAUUUACUCGUUGAUUAUCCAGUUGAUUUGACGACGGAACAAGCCACCGCCGGGAAAGAAACAGAAGGAUCUGAUGAUUCCGCCGGGAAAGAAACAGUAGGAUCUGAUGAUUCUGGGAAGGAGAGUGCAGAUCUGGUUGUUGAGAAGAAGUCUAAUGAUUCUGGGAGUGAGGUUCAGGAUGAUGAUGAAGAAGGAGACGAUGAUGAUGCUGGGGCUAAGAAAAGAAGAAGGAGAGUAAGAAAUAGAGAUGCGGCGGUUCGAUCGAGGGAGAGGAAGAAGGAAUACGUGCAAGAUUUAGAGAAGAAGAGUAAGUAUCUCGAGAGAGAAUGUUUGAGACUAGGACGGAUGCUUGAAUGCUUCGUUGCCGAAAACCAGUCUCUGCGGUAUUGUUUGCAAAAGGGUAGUGGUAAUAAUAUUCCCAUGAUGUCAAGGCAGGAGUCUGCUGUGCUCUUGUUGGAAUCCCUGCUGUUGGGUUCCCUGCUUUGGCUUCUGGGAGUAAACUUCAUUUGCCUAUUCCCUUAUCUGUCCCACACAAAGUGUUACCUCCUCAAGUCAGAACCAGAAAAGCUGGUUCUAAACGAGCUCGGGAGUAGUAGCAAUCCAUCUAAUACCGGCGUGAGUCGGAGAUGCAAGGGUUCAAGGCCUAGGAUGAAACACCAAAACUUAACCCUUGUGUUGAGAUAACGUCUUUUUUAACUGCUUCUUUGCGCUCUUGAGUCGUAGAUGAGUGUCUUAGUUGUCUCUCUUGGUUUUGUGCCUUCGCUGUCGAAAAUUAUCUCUUGGCUUUGUAUCUUCGAUGUCUAAUAUAUGGGAUAAAUAAACAGUCUAUGUGGUUCUUAUGGUUUGGAUGGUUUCUAUUUCAGCU